GAGGGGACGUGCCUUACCACGGUUACUCAGUGAGCAACGUGGGAGCAAUGUCACACCUGCGGCAUAUCGGGGCUGCAAUAGGGACUCUAGUUGCAAUCUUGGGUAGCAUUGUGUUCAUCUCGUGGAAGUAUUUCAGCGGCAGCAGGCGUCAUUCUGAGGAAGAGUACAGCUUUCUCCAAGAGAGUCAGCCCAGAGAAAAGCAGAUUCUGGUUCUUGGUUUAGAUGGUGCUGGGAAAUCCAGCAUUCUCAAUUGUUUGGCUACUCGCACAGUGAAGCAUAGUACAUCACCCACCCAAGGCUUUAAUGCAGUCUGCAUUCAUACAGAAGGCUGUAAAUUGAACUUCCUUGAGAUUGGUGGUAGCUGCAACUUGCGCUCAUACUGGAAUCUAUAUCUGAACAAAGCACACAUGUUGAUUUAUGUGGUGGAUUCUGCAGACCAGGAACGUUUACCUCUUGCUGGACAGGAGCUGCAUCGGCUGCUCAAAGAAGAUCUAAUGCUGCCACUAGUGGUGUUAGCAAAUAAACAGGACCUUGAUGGAGCUCUUUCUGUUUCUGAUCUUCAUAGAAAACUUCUACUCCAUGACCUGAAUUAUGAACAAAAACUUUUCCUCAUGGCAACUAAUGUCACCGAGGAUGGAACACAGGUCCCUAAAAGUAUCCACGAUGUUAAGGAACUCAUCAUUCAACUGAUUUCACAGAAAAACUGAACAAACAUCAACUAACAUUUCUAAGGGUCGUUGGAAAUUUACUUACUAAAUAACACCUUAUUACUUAAUUUAUAUUUUCAUAAUUUAUUCAGCUAAAUUGGCAGAGAAGAAAGUAAUGAUUAUAUUUACCAGAAAGGAUAUUGGUAUAUGUAUUUAACUUUUUCAGUUCUUAGGUGCAACUACCUUCCAAGGUAACACCUGAGUUUUGUCGUUAAGUGUGAGGUUACAUUUUUGACAAUUCUAAUGUAAAGACUUAUUUGGUGAAAUUAAUCUCAUUGUUCAAC